AUGGAUCGUUUCCGGUCGGCGUUGGAGGACUGCGAGCUCUCUGAUUUGGGGUUUGCCGGGGAUCUCUUCACAUGGUGGAACAACAACCAUAAUAGCAACGAGUAUGUUCGGGAACGGUUUGAUCGGGCGGUGGCCAAUGAGGAAUGGCGUGCUCACUUUCCGCUGUACAAAGUAAUAAAUGGUGAGCCGCGCCACUCAGACCAUAGGCCGGUGGUGGUGUUGACGGAGGAGGAUGUCCAUAGUGGUGCUCGGAGGGGUGGACAAAGCUUUCGUUUUGAAGCCCAUUGGGUGGAGGAGGAGCAGUGUGCUCCGAUUGUGGAGAACGCCUGGAAGACUGUGAUGGAAGGAAGGAGGGGGACGGUGAUGGAGGCAGUACAGAGUGUUGCUACUGAUCUGGGGGACUGGAAUAGAAAUGUACUAGGGGAUUUGGAGAAGCGUAUGAAGUAG